UGGCUUCCAGGCUCCCGCACUGAAACAGCGCGAGCCCGGUGCAAUUAGAGCGACGGUUUCCUGUCUGUGCCGUCUGCGUACAUGGGCUCUCAGUGAGAUCUGUGCAGACUUCUGUCUGCCUCGUUCCUCCCCUCAGCAGCCCUCUCUGCCUCAGCUGCCAGCAUGGCCUUCGUGCCGGCCCCCAGCCCCACUGUGGUGGAUCAGACCACACUAAUGAAGAAGUACCUGCAGUUUGUGGCAGCGCUCACAGACACCAACACACCUGAUGAAACGAAACUGAAGAUGAUGCAGGAGGUCAGCGAGAACUUUGAGAAUGUGACAUCAUCACCUCAAUACUCCACCUUUCUGGAACACAUCAUCCCUCGCUUCCUCACUUUCCUUCAGGAUGGAGAGGUGCAGUUUCUUCAGGAAAAACCUACACAGCAACUGAGAAAACUUGUGCUGGAAAUCAUCCACCGCAUCCCAACCAAUGAGCAUCUUCGUCCUCACACCAAGAACAUCCUGUCUGUGAUGUUUCGCUUCCUGGAGAUUGAAAGUGAGGAGAAUGUGUUGAUAUGCCUGCGCAUCAUCAUCGAGCUGCACAAACAGUUCCGUCCUCCAAUCUCUCAGGAGAUUCACCACUUUCUGGAUUUUGUCAAGCAGAUUUAUAAAGACCUGCCAAAAGUCGUGACUAGAUACUUCGAGAACCCACAGGUGAUCGCAGAGAACACCGUUCCCUCCCCAGAGAUGGUGGGCAUGAUCACGUCGGUGCUGGUGAAGACCGCACCGGAGAGAGAGGACAGCGAGACACGGACGCAUACCAUCAUCCCUCGAGGGUCUCUGUCUCUGAAGGUCCUGGCUGAGCUGCCCAUCAUCGUGGUGCUGAUGUACCAGCUCUACAAGCUGAACAUCCACAACGUGGUGUCAGAGUUUGUGCCUCUCAUCAUGAACACCAUCAUGCUGCAGGUGUCACAACAGGCCAGGCAACACAAGCUGUACAACAAAGAGCUGUACGCCGACUUCAUCGCUGCACAGAUCAAGACGCUGUCCUUCCUGGCCUACAUCAUCCGCAUCUACCAGGACCUGGUUGGUAAAUACUCACAGCAGAUGGUUAAGGGCAUGUUACAGCUGCUGUCCAACUGCCCCUCUGAGACGGCUCAUCUUCGCAAGGAGCUGCUCAUCGCAGCCAAACACAUUCUCACCACUGACCUGCGCAGCCAGUUCAUCCCUUGCAUGGACAAACUUUUCGAUGAAUCCAUCUUGAUCGGCUCCGGCUACACGGCUCGGGAGACUCUCAGACCCCUGGCCUACAGCACGCUCGCAGACCUGGUGCACCACGUUCGCCAGAAUCUGCCCUUGACGGAUUUGUCGCUCGCCGUCCAGCUCUUCGCCAAAAACAUUGAUGACGAGUCACUUCCCAGUAACAUUCAGACCAUGUCCUGCAAGCUGCUGCUCAACUUGGUCGACUGCAUCCGACUAAAGUCGGAGCAGGAGAACGGCAACGGGCGGGACAUUCUGAUGAGGAUGCUGGAGGUCUUUGUGCUGAAGUUCCACACCAUCGCACGCUACCAGCUCCCUUCUAUCUUCAAGAAGUGUAAGCCCCAGUCAGAGAUGGGUGUGGUCGACCCAGUGGCGUUGCCUGGUGUGCCUGCCACACCCACCCCAUCCACCACCCCAGCCAUACCUCCUCCUGCUCCUCCCACACCGGUCGCUGCUCCUCCCGCACCUCCAACGUCCUUCGACCGAGCGGGUGAAAAGGAAGACAAGCAGACGUUCCAGGUGUCGGACUGUCGCAGCCUGGUGAAGACCUUGGUCUGUGGUGUGAAGACCAUCACGUGGGGCAUCAGCUCCUGCAAAUCCCCAGGAGAAGCUCAGUUUAUUCCUAACAAACAGCUUCAGCCAAAGGAGACACAGAUCUACAUCAAACUGGUGAAAUAUGCCAUGCAGGCCUUGGACAUCUACCAGGUACAGGUUGCCAACAACCAGCAGACCUACAUCAGGGUGGCCAACUGUCAGACCGUACGCAUGAAGGAGGAAAAGGAGGUUCUGGAGCACUUUGCAGGAGUCUUCACCAUGAUGAACCCUCUCACUUUCAAGGAGAUUUUUCAGACGACUGUGCCGUACAUGGUGGAGAGGAUCUCCAAGAACUAUGCUCUGCAGAUUGUAGCAAACUCCUUUCUGGCAAACCUCUCCACGUCAGCUCUGUUUGCUACCAUCCUGGUGGAGUAUCUUCUGGAAAGGCUUCCAGAGAUGGGCUCCAAUGUGGAGCUCUCAAAUCUCUACCUCAAACUUUUCAAGCUGGUCUUUGGUUCCGUGUCACUGUUUGCAGCUGAGAACGAGCAGAUGCUGAAGCCACACCUCCACAAAAUUGUGAACAGCUCUAUGGAACUGGCCCAGUCAGCUAAAGAACCCUACAACUACUUCCUGCUUCUCCGGGCUCUGUUUCGUUCCAUUGGUGGAGGCAGCCACGACCUGCUCUACCAGGAGUUCCUGCCUCUGCUGCCAAAUCUGCUGCAAGGUCUGAACAUGCUUCAGAGUGGUCUCCACAAGCAGCACAUGAAGGACUUGUUUGUGGAGCUGUGUUUGACCGUCCCUGUGCGUCUCAGCUCCCUGCUCCCCUACCUGCCCAUGCUAAUGGACCCACUGGUGUCCGCCCUGAACGGCUCCCAGACUCUGGUCAGCCAGGGCCUCCGCACACUGGAGCUGUGCGUUGACAACCUGCAGCCUGACUUCCUGUACGACCACAUUCAGCCUGUCAGGGCGGAGCUCAUGCAGGCUUUGUGGCGUACCCUCCGUAACCCAGCUGAGAGUAUCUCACAUGUAGCCUAUCGGGUGCUGGGCAAAUUUGGAGGCAGCAACAGGAAGAUGCUGAAGGAGUCUCAGAGGCUGCACUACGUGGUGACUGAAGUCCAGGGCCCCAGCAUCAAGGCUGAGUUCACUGACUGCAAAGCUUCCAUACAGCUUCCAAUGGAGAAGGCUAUUGAAACGGCUCUAGACUGUCUGAAGAGCGCCAACACUGAGCCAUACUACAGACGACAAGCCUGGGAAGUCAUCAAGUGUUUUCUGGUGGCCAUGACCAGUCUGGAUGACAACAAGCACGCUCUUUACCAGCUCCUGUCUCAUCCAAACUUCUCUGAGAAGUGGAUUCCCAACGUCAUCAUCUCUCAUCGCUACAAGGCACAAGACACACCUGCCCGCAGAACUUUUGAACAGGCGCUGACCGGGGCGUUCAUGUCUGCUGUGAUAAAGGACCUCAGGCCCAGCGCGCUGCCCUUCGUCGCCAGCCUGAUUCGGCAUUAUACCAUGGUGGCUGUGGCUCAGCAGUGUGGUCCCUUCCUGCUGCAGUGCUACCAGACGGGCAGCCAGCCAAGUACAGCAAUGUUCCACAGCGAGGAGAACGGUUCUAAAGGCAUGGAUCCACUGGUUCUGAUUGAUGCCAUCGCCAUCUGCAUGGCCUACGAGGAGAAGGAGCUGUGUAAGAUUGGAGAAGUGGCUUUGGCCGUCAUCUUUGACGUGGCCAGCAUCAUUCUGGGCUCCAAGGAACGGGCUUGUCAGCUGCCCUUGUUCUCCUACAUCGUGGAGCGUUUGUGCGCCUGCUGUUACGAACAGGCCUGGUACGCCAAGCUUGGAGGUGUGGUAUCCAUCAAAUUCUUGAUGGAGAGGCUACCUCUCAUCUGGGUCCUGCAGAACCAGCUCACCUUUCUCAAGGCCCUGCUCUUUGUCAUGAUGGACCUCACAGGAGAGGUGUCCAACGGAGCAGUGGCCAUGGCAAAGACCACCCUGGAGCAGCUGCUGGUCCGCUGUGCCACCCCUCUGAAGGAUGAGGAGAAGACAGAGGAGCUGCUGCUGGCCCAGGACAAGUCUUUCCACAUGGUCACGCACGACCUGGUCCGAGAGGUCACCUCCCCCAACUCCACUGUUCGAAAACAGGCCAUGCACUCUCUGCAGGUGCUGGCCCAGGUGACCGGCAAGAGUGUGACUGUCAUCAUGGAGCCACACAAGGAGGUUUUGCAAGAUAUGGUUCCUCCCAAGAAACACCUGCUGCGCCACCAGCCUGCCAACGCCCAGAUCGGCCUGAUGGAGGGCAACACUUUCUGCACCACCCUGCAGCCACGCCUCUUUACCAUGGAUCUGAAUGUCAUGGAGCACAAGGUUUUCUACACAGAGCUGUUGAAUCUGUGUGAGGCCGAAGACGCCGCUCUGAUGAAGCUGCCCUGUUAUAAGAGUCUGCCCUCUCUGGUUCCUCUGAGAAUUGCUGCCCUAAAUGCUCUGGCAGCCUGUAAUUACCUGCCACAGUCCAGAGAGAAGAUCAUUGCUGCACUCUUCAAAGCUCUCAACUCCACCAACAAUGAGCUGCAGGAAGCAGGAGAGGCCUGCAUGAGGAAGUUCCUGGAAGGUGCAACCAUCGAGGUGGAUCAGAUCCACACUCACAUGCGCCCCCUGCUUAUGAUGCUGGGCGACUACCGCAGCCUGACACUCAACGUGGUGAACCGUCUGACCUCUGUCACGCGCCUCUUCCCCAACUCCUUCAAUGACAAGUUCUGUGACCAGAUGAUGCAACACUUGAGGAAGUGGAUGGAGGUGGUGGUGAUCACACACAAAGGAGGCCAACGCAGCGACGGCAGUGAGAUGAAGAUCUGCUCUGCCAUCAUUAACCUCUUCCACCUAAUCCCAGCCGCUCCUCAGACUCUGGUCAAACCUCUGCUGGAGGUCGUCAUGAAGACAGAGAGGGCCAUGCUGAUCGAGGCUGGCAGUCCGUUCAGGGAGCCUCUGAUCAAGUUCCUGACUCGUCACCCAUCUCAGACGGUGGAGCUCUUCAUGAUGGAGGCCACGCUCAAUGACCCUCAAUGGAGCCGCAUGUUCAUGAGUUUCCUAAAACACAAAGAUGCCAAGCCUCUAAGGGACGUGCUGGCCUCCAAUCCCAAUCGCUUCGUCCACCUGUUGCUUCCCGCUGGUACUGCAGCUACUGUUCGACCCGGAUCUCCUUCCACCACCACAGCUCGCCUGGACCUCCAGUUCCAAGCGAUUAAGAUCAUCAGCAUCAUCGUGAAGAAUGACGAAGGCUGGCUGGCUGGGCAGCACUCCCUGGUCAGCCAGCUCAGACGAGUCUGGGUCAGCGAGGCGUUCCAGGAUAGACACCGUAAAGACAACAUGGCUGCCACCAACUGGAAGGAGCCCAAACUGCUGGCCUACUGCCUGCUGAGCUACUGCAAGCGUAACUACUCGGAGAUCGAGCUGCUGUUCCAGCUGCUGCGAGCCUUCACGGGUCGUUUCUUAUGCAACAUGACGUUCCUGAAGGAGUACAUGGAAGAGGAGAUUCCACGGAAUUACUCUAUAGCCCAGAAACGUGCCCUGUUCUUCCGCUUCGUCGAGUUCAAUGACCCACAUUUCAACGAUGAGCUCAAAGCAAAGGUGUUGCAGCACAUCCUGAAUCCAGCCUUCCUGCACAGCUUUGAGAAAGGGGAAGGAGAGCAGCUGCUGGGACCCCCCAACCCAGAGGGGGACAACCCCGAGAGUAUCACCAGUGUCUUCAUCACUAAGGUUCUGGACCCAGAGAAGCAGGCCGACCUGCUGGACUCACUGAGGAUCUGCCUGCUUCAGUUCUCCACCCUGCUGGUGGAGCACGCACCACACCACAUCCACGACAACAACAAAUCUCGCAACAGCAAACUGCGACGCCUCAUGACCUUUGCAUGGCCUUGUCUGCUGCCCAAAGCCUGCGUGGACCCCGCCUGCAAAUACAGCGGUCACUUACUGCUGGCUCACAUCAUCGCCAAGUUCGCAAUUCACAAGAAGAUCGUUCUGCAGGUCUUCCACAGCCUGCUGAAGGCCCACACCAUGGAGGCUCGAGCCAUUGUUCGUCAGGCCAUGGCCAUACUGACCCCUGCCGUUCCCGCCCGCAUGGAGGAUGGCCACCAGAUGUUGACCCACUGGACACGAAAGAUCAUAGUGGAGGAGGGCCACACGGUGCCACAGCUGGUCCACAUCCUCCAUCUCAUCGUCCAGCACUUUAGGGUCUACUACCCUGUGCGUCACCACCUGGUGCAGCACAUGAUCAGUGCAAUGCAGCGUCUGGGCUUCACCCCCAGUGUGACCAUCGAGCAGAGGAAACUGGCCGUGGACCUGGCAGAGGUGGUGAUCAAGUGGGAGUUACAGAGAAUCAAAGAUCAUCAGCCUGAGUCUGAAGGUGAAGCAGCUGCCGGUGGUGAAGGGACCAGCGGAGCUGUGAAAAGAGGAAUGUCCCUGGACUCAGCCUCCACCGCCGCCGGUCAGGACGUCAAGAGGUUCCGUACGGCGACUGGAGCUGCCUCCACGGUAUUUGGCCGUGCCCAGUCCAUGCCAGGCUCAGAGACCAUGCUCACCAAGCCUGUGGAGAAACUGCAUACAGACACAGUGGUCAACUUCCUGAUCAGGAUUGCAUGUCAGGUGAACGACAGCACCAACGUGGCCGGGUCUCCAGGAGAGCUGCUGUCCCGUCGCUGUGUCAGCCUGAUGAAGACUGCCCUCAGACCUGACAUGUGGCCCCGCGCUGAGCUCAAGCUGCAGUGGUUCGACAAGCUGCUCAUGACGGUGGAGCAACCAGCACAGGCUAACAUCUCCAACAUCUGCACCGGGCUGGAGAUCCUGUGUUUCUUGUUGACUGUUCUCCAGUCCCCGGCCAUCCUGGCCCACUUCAAGCCCCUGCAGCGAGGGAUCGCUGCCUGUAUGACCUGUGGAAAUACCAAAGUCCUGCGGGCGGUCCACUCUCUGCUGUCUCGCCUCAUGAGCAACUUUCCCACAGAGCCAAGCACUUCAACUGUGGCGUCAAAGUAUGAGGAACUGGAAUGUCUGUACGCCGCCGUGGGCAAAGUAAUCUACGAGGGACUGACCAACUAUGAAAAAGCCACAAGUAACACCAACCCCACUCAGCUUUUCGGAACGCUGAUGAUCCUGAAGUCAGCCUGCAGCUACAACGCCAGCUACAUCGACCGCCUCAUCUCCGUGUUCAUGAGAUCGCUGCAGAAGAUGGUGAGGGAACACCUGAGCCCACAGCAGGCCAACCCAGGGGUGACAGAGACCAGCACAGUGACCAGUGAACUGGUGAUGCUGAGUCUAGACCUGGUGAAGACUCGAUUGUCUGUGAUGAUUAUGGAAAUGAGGAAGAACUUCAUCCAAGUCAUCCUCACCUCUCUGAUCGAGAAGUCGCCCGAUCCAAAAAUCCUGCGAGCGGUGGUGAAAAUCGUGGAAGAGUGGGUGAAGAACAACUCGCCCAUGGCCGCCAACCAGAUGCCAAACCUACGUGAGAAGUCCAUCCUGCUGGUGAAGAUGAUGACCUACAUAGAGAAACGUUUCCCCGAUGAACUUGAGUUAAAUGCCCAGUUCUUGGACCUCGUUAAUUACGUCUACAGGGACGAAAGCCUUUCCGGAAGUGAUAUCACAUCCAAGCUGGAGCCUGCGUUCCUCUCCGGGCUGCGCUGCAGUCAGCCGCUGAUCCGGGCCAAGUUCUUUGAGGUGUUUGAUGCCUCCAUGAAGCGACGCGUCUACGAGAGGCUGCUUUACAUCUGCUGCUCACAGAACUGGGAGGCCAUGGGAAGUCACUUCUGGAUUAAACAGUGCACAGAGCUUCUGUUGGCAGUGUGUGAGAGAAACACCAUCAUCGGCACCAGCUGUCAGGGAUCCAUGCUGCCGUCCAUCACCAAUGUCAUCAACCUGGCCGACAGCCAUGACAGAGCUGCCUUCGCCAUGGCGACGCAUGUCAAGCAGGAGCCACGUGAGAGGGAGAACAGCGAGACCAAGGAGGAGGAUGUGGAGAUAGACAUCGAGUUAGCGCCAGGCGAUCAGACGGCCAUCCCUAAGACCAAGGAGCAGGCGGAGAGGGACACAGGCAACCAGCUGCACAUGCUCACCAACCGCCACGACAAGUUCCUGGAUUCACUCAGGGAGGUCAAGACGGGGGCUCUUCUGAACGCUCUGGUCCAGCUCUGUCACAUCUCGACACCACUGGCUGAGAAGACCUGGGUCCAACUCUUCCCUCGACUGUGGAAGAUCCUCUCUGACAGACAGCAGCAUGCUCUGUCCGGAGAAAUUAGUCCUUUCCUCUGCAGCGGCAGCCACCAGGCCCAGCGGGACUGUCAGCCCAGUGCACUCAACUGCUUUGUGGAGGCCAUGUCCCAGUGCGUGCCUCCUAUUCCCAUCCGCCCUUGCGUGCUCAAGUACCUGGGAAAGACGCACAACCUCUGGCUACGUUCCACCUUAAUGCUGGAGCAACAGGCUUUUGAAAAGGGCCUGAGUCUGCACAGUAAACCCAAACAGAGCACAGAGUUUUAUGAGCAGGAGAGCAUCACACCACCUCAGCAGGAGAUUUUGGACUCCCUGGCAGAGCUUUACUCCCUGCUCCAGGAGGAGGACAUGUGGGCAGGUCUGUGGCAGAAGAGGUGCAAAUUCCCCGAAACGGCCACCGCCAUCGCCUAUGAGCAGCACGGCUUCUUUGAGCAGGCUCAGGAAAGCUAUGAGAAAGCUAUGGAGAAGGCCAGAAAGGAGCACGAGAGGGGCAACAUUUCCCCCGCCGUCUUUCCUGAGUAUCAACUCUGGGAAGAUCACUGGAUUCGCUGUUCCAAGGAACUGAAUCAGUGGGAGCCUCUGACAGAGUACGGCCAGUCCAAAGGUCACACCAACCCUUACCUGGUGCUUGAAUGUGCCUGGAGAGUGUCCAACUGGGCUGCCAUGAAGGAGGCUCUGGAGCAGGUGGAAAUGAGCUGCCCCAAAGAGAUGGCCUGGAAGGUGCAUAUGCACCGCGGCUACCUGGCCAUUUGCCACCCAGAGGAGCAACAGCUGAACUUCAUUGAGCGGCUGGUGGAGUUGGCUUCCAGCCUGGCCAUCAGAGAGUGGAGGAGGCUGCCUCACAUCGUCUCCCAUGUGCACACGCCGCUGCUUCAGGCAGCACAGCAGAUCAUCGAGCUGCAAGAAGCAGCUCAAAUUAACGCCGGCCUUCAGCCAGCCAACCUGGGCCGCAACAACAGCCUCCAUGACAUGAAGACAGUGGUGAAAACCUGGAGGAACAGACUGCCUAUUGUCUCUGAUGACCUGUCACACUGGAGCAGCAUCUUCAUGUGGCGCCAGCAUCACUACCAAGGUGUGACACACGCCCACAGUCCCAUCACUGCCAUAGUGACAGCAUACGAGACAAACACGCAGCAUGAUCCCAACAAUAAUAACGCCAUGUUGGGAGUCCACGCCUCCGCCUCUGCCAUCAUUCAGUACGGAAAGAUUGGACGUAAACAGGGUCUGGUGAACGUAGCUCUGGACAUUCUGAGUCGUAUCCACACCAUCCCCACCGUGCCCAUCGUGGACUGUUUCCAGAAGAUCAGGCAACAGGUCAAAUGUUACCUGCAGCUGGCUGGUGUCAUGGGCAAGAAUGAGUGCAUGCAGGGUUUGGAGGUGAUAGAGUCCACCAAUCUGAAGUACUUCACCAAGGAGAUGACGGCCGAGUUCUACGCUCUCAAGGGCAUGUUUCUGGCCCAGAUCAACAAGUCAGAGGAGGCAAACAAGGCCUUUUCGGCGGCGGUGCAGAUGCAUGAUGUGCUAGUGAAGGCCUGGGCCAUGUGGGGCGACUAUCUGGAGAACAUCUUUGUCAAGGACCGACAACUCCACUUGGGGGUGUCUGCCAUCACCUGCUACCUCCACGCCUGCCGCCACCAAAAUGAGAGCAAGUCCCGCAAAUACCUGGCAAAGGUUUUGUGGCUCCUCAGUUUUGAUGACAAGAACACUCUGGCUGAAGCCGUAGACAAGUACUGCAUCGGAGUCCCACCAAUCCAGUGGCUGGCCUGGAUACCGCAGCUCCUGACCUGUCUGGUCGGAUCAGAGGGAAAACCUCUGCUCAACCUUAUCAGUCAGGUGGGACGAGUGUACCCUCAGGCUGUCUACUUCCCCAUCCGUACCCUUUACCUGACGCUGAAGAUCGAGCAGAGGGAGCGCUAUAAGAGUGAUGCAUCUGGACAGCAGCAACCCAGUUCAGUGGGAGCCCAGGCUCACUCUGGGGCCUCUGACCCAGGACCCAUACGGGCCACGGCACCGAUGUGGCGCUGCAGCAGGAUCAUGCAUAUGCAGAGGGAGCUCCACCCCACCCUGCUGUCCUCCCUGGAGGGCAUCGUGGACCAGAUGGUGUGGUUCAGAGAGAACUGGCAUGAAGAGGUCUUGAGGCAGCUCCAACAGGGUCUGGCCAAGUGCUACUCAGUGGCCUUUGAGAAGAGCGGAGCGGUGUCUGACGCCAAGAUCACGCCACACACGCUCAACUUUGUCAAGAAGCUGGUCAGCACCUUCGGCGUGGGUCUGGAGAACGUCUCCAACGUUUCCACCAUGUUCUCCAGCGCCGCCUCCGAGUCCCUGGCUCGCCGAGCUCAAGCCACGGCGCAGGACCCAGUGUUCCAGAAGAUGAAGGGACAGUUCACCACAGACUUCGACUUCAGCGUUCCAGGCUCCAUGAAGCUUCAUAAUCUCAUCUCCAAGCUGAAAAAGUGGAUUAAGAUUCUGGAGGCUAAGACAAAGCAGCUGCCCAAAUUUUUCCUCAUUGAAGAGAAAUGCCGUUUCCUCAGCAACUUCUCGGCACAGACUGCCGAGGUGGAGAUCCCCGGGGAGUUCCUCAUGCCCAAACCUACGCACUACUACAUCAAGAUUGCAAGGUUCAUGCCUAGAGUGGAAAUCGUCCAGAAACACAACACGGCAGCACGUCGUCUCUACAUCCGCGGCCACAACGGUAAGAUCUACCCCUACCUGGUGAUGAACGACGCCUGUCUGACAGAGUCGCGCCGGGAGGAGAGGGUCCUCCAGCUGCUGCGCCUCCUCAACCCCUGUCUGGAGAAGAGGAAGGAGACCACCAAGAGACACCUCUUCUUCACUGUGCCCAGAGUGGUUGCUGUGUCUCCUCAGAUGCGUCUGGUGGAGGACAACCCUUCGUCUCUGUCGCUGGUGGAAAUCUACAAACAGCGCUGUGCCAAGAAGGGCAUCGAACACGACAACCCCAUCUCCAGAUAUUACGACCGUCUGGCCACUGUACAGGCCCGAGGCACACAGGCCAGUCACCAGGUGCUGCGUGACAUCCUGAAGGAGGUGCAGGGGAACAUGGUCCCACGCAGCAUGCUGAAGGAGUGGGCGCUGCACACUUUCCCCAACGCCACCGACUACUGGACCUUCAGAAAGAUGUUCACCAUCCAACUCGCGCUCAUCGGUCUGGCUGAGUUCAUGCUGCAUCUCAACAGGCUCAACCCAGAAAUGCUGCAGAUUGCACAGGACACUGGGAAACUGAAUGUCUCCUACUUCCGCUUCGAUAUCAACGACGCCACAGGCGACCUGGACGCUAAUCGGCCCGUUCCCUUCCGUCUGACUCCGAACAUCUCUGAGUUCCUGACCACUAUCGGUGUCUCCGGGCCACUCACCGCCUCCAUGAUCGCCGUGGCUCGAUGCUUCGCACAACCCAACUUCAAGGUGGAUGGAAUCCUGAAGGCUGUCCUCCGAGAUGAGAUCAUAGCCUGGCACAAGAAGACCCAGGAGGACACGUCCAUGCCGCUGUCCCCUGCUGGUCAGCCUGAGAACAUGGACUCCCAGCAGCUGGUCUCCCUGGUCCAGAAGGCUGUCACGGCCAUCAUGACCCGCCUCCACAACCUGGCCCAGUUUGAAGGAGGAGAAAGUAAAGUCAACACGCUGGUGGCUGCAGCCAACAGUCUGGACAACCUGUGCCGUAUGGACCCUGCCUGGCACCCAUGGCUCUGAGGCUCCAGAAGAAGACGGCGGGAGACUGGGAAAUGGUUUGGGUGUUUUUUACUGGACAUUUUUGGACUCAUGUUGAAACUUUUUCUUCCAUGUUUGUCUGGAAACCAUCUCUGCCUUGUUUUCAUUUUUUGAGAGGACAGUGUCUCUGUAGUGCCCGUUAUUAAAAUGACAAUAGGAAGGAAUCCAGGCACCGUGAGUCACAGUCCCGUUUUUACAAAAGUCUUGUUGUCCUUUCUUGAACACCACCUAGUGACAUUUCACGUGAAACCAGACUUCUUAAAACAAAGUUUAUUUUUUUUAUUUAAAUGCUGAUACGUUUUGUUUUCUCUGUCCUUUCAGAAUAUUGUUUGCCUGAGAUGUGCUUUAAUUAUUUUUUACCCCCGAUUAUAUUUUUGUUCUUCACGAUGAGCUGUUACUACGGUCAUGUGAACAACAUUCCCAGUGAACAUGUCUGUUUCCAACAGGAGUGAAUGAUCUGCUCUGUAAAUAAGCAUUUUGUUUGAAUAAAAUGCUCUUUUUUAUAAAACACACA